CAAUCUUGAGUCACCAAGCAUGGGUCUACAUAAAAGCCCCCUCCCGCACUUUUCACUCCCAGCAGAGUCAAGCAAAGUAGACAACGUCAGCCAGCAACACGACACAUAGUCCAAACACAGCAGAGUCUUGAUGCUAAAGCAGACACAAUGCAGUCAGCCAACAACCCCAUCUCCCACCAUACCAGCCACACCAUGGGCCAAGGUGCCGCCAGUAGCAACGGCGGCGACAAUAGCUGCGGAGCGAAUUGCGUGGAUAACCAUGUUGGCCAUGCAAUUGGCGAUGGAGAUGGGGUUGUCCGAGUCUCGGGUGGAGAGACUGGAAACGAUGGAGGCGUCGUCAUGGAAGCCUCCGUAACGGAUGUUGGUGUCAGCGACUUGAACCAAACUACUACUACUACCUACGAUGAAUCGGACGAUGAGAGCUCCCUUGCGGACAGCUCCGGCUCCAUUAGCGAUGGACCCAGCUUUGGAGGAACUUCAAUCCGAUCCCUGGGCAGCAUGUCCAACUGGAGCAUCAUCGACACUACUCUGCGUGAGGGCGAGCAGUUCAUCCAUGGCGAUUACGACACUGAGACUAAGCUAAAGAUUGCUCGAGCUUUAGAUGACAUUGGCGUUGAAUACAUCGAAGUGACCUCACCUGCUGCUUCUCCUCAGUCCAAGCUGGACUGCGCGGCUAUCUGCAAGCUGGGUCUCAAGGCCAAGGUUCUUUGCCAUAUUCGAUGCAACAUGGACGAUGCCAGAAUCGCAGUUGAGACCGGCGUCGAUGGAAUCAACAUGUGCAUUGGUACUUCCACUCAGCUCAUGAAGCAUUCCCACGGAAAGGAUCUCGACUGGAUCGCCGCCAAGGCCAAGGAGGUCAUCGAAUUCACCCAAGCCCACGGCAUUGAGGUCCGAUUCUCCGGCGAGGACUCAUUCCGCUCCGACUUCAGUGAGAUUCUGAAACUCUACUCGCUCAUGGACCGUCUCGGCGCCCACCGCGUUGGAAUUGCCGACACCGUUGGCGGCGCUUCUCCUCGUGAGGUCUAUGAAAAGAUCUCCACGCUCAGGCAGAUGAUCGGAUGCGAUAUCGAGACUCACUUCCACAAUGACACCGGAUGUGCCAUCGCCAACGCCUACACUGCGAUUGAGGCUGGGGCCACUCACAUUGACACCACUGUCUUGGGCAUCGGAGAGAGGAAUGGAAUUACUUCCCUUUCCAAGCUCCUGCAGUGCAUGCUUCAUAUGGGCCAUGACUCUGUUCUGGCCAAGUACAAGCUUGAGAAGAUCCCUGCUCUUGAACAGCUUGUCGCUGAGGCCGUUCGCAUCGAGAUCCCCUGGAACAACGCUUCACUUGCAAGAUAUCUCUGAAUGUAACAAGUCAGAGAUCACCUCGCAAGGCUAGGGCCAGAUGACUCAACUUACCUUUCUACUGCUAAGCUUUUAGUGAAGAGUAUCAAGUAGUACUCAUAUAGUGAAUAAAAAAUCCGUCCAAGAUAAUGCUACAGUCGUGUAUUCAAGUUACCCUGCACCAUCAUGUUGUCACAAUAAUUGGGUACAAACGAAAAUUGAAAGCCUUCCAGAACCACUGUGAUUAUUUCGA